GGUUUGAUUCCACGACAUCCACGUAUUCUCUCUCUGCUCGUCGAACUAGAUACAUUAAUCAGAAACAUUCACGAUGUCUUUCGAUAGCAAUUAUAGCGAAGAUGAAGAUGAUCAGUGCGCGGACUACGAAUUUUGUUCGCGACGCAGCUCGUUUCCUGGAGUGCUACCUUUUGAUCCGUUGUCGCUAGAAAACUUAAUUUUGUCGAUCGUUGAUAAAUUCGACUUCCGCGUGAUAAUGAAUACUGAGCGAACAAGGGACGUUAUGCUGGUGACCGCAGGAUUGGCUUUGGCCGGGGGGCUGAUUGGAAAGUUGUACGGGGGACGAAUGGGAGCGGCCGUUGGCGGAGCAGUUGGCGGUGCUUGCGGAAUUGGUAUCGUUGCUAUUUCUAUGCGGGAAGUAUGGAAAGAAGUACGCCCCAAGUUCGCAGACGUGUUCGACCUCGUCUACGACUACCUGGCUGGUCUGGGGAUCAAAGAUUACGCGAGCGCCGCCUUAUUUCUGGCCAAUGCGAACCCGCAAACCACGAUACUUGCCAGGAUGAUUUUGGAAAGCUCUUCGCAGAUAUUGGGAAAGCAAUUGGUGUCUAAUCUAGCUUCCAUUACGAGUGCUUGAUUUAAGUUAUGUUAGCAG